AUGCCAAUUUUUCCAGCGCAGCAACCCAUGGCGCAGUCGGCAUCAUGUGGUCCUAGUAUUGGAGCUAUGCCGUCUUCUAUGGUGUUACCACGCUUCGAAUGUCCACCGCCGUCUCUUCCACCUUUGUCAUCCGAAGUCGCUCGUCCUUUGCCUACAAUGGUACUACAGCCAACACCUAUCGUAUCUCGCCCCAAUCUUGUUGUUCUUACUUCGACUCCUCACGUUGAGCAAUCAAGCACUGUAUCAAGUUCUGAGACUCCAGUAGUCUUGCGCCCGAUCACCGUACAAAAGGGAAGUGGCACCAAAUUUACCCCUGCGCAGAUGGCAAAACGUGACGAGGACAAGUUGGUGAAGUGCAACUGGGAAGUUCAGAAAGCCUUAUUGUUCAAACUUCCCCUGAAUAGAGUGCUGAAUCUGUUCUUCCACAUGAGAGGUCGAGUGCGAGGCAACCCACGUCUGAAUAACAUGUUCAGUCUCAUGCCUACUCGUUUUCAUAACUCGGGAAUUGGCAAAAUUCCUCCUGGAUGGACCUUGAAGGAUGAGCUGCCUAUGUUGCCUGGCCAUAAACCUCUCAGUGGAAUCAUUCCCAUCACUAUGUUCGAAAUUGAUGAAGUCGCCGAUGACGCGAAUUUCGAACAAGUAGCGAAAACUGUGGAAACGGUUAUUGCCAAGGCUCGUCCAAAGGUUCCAUCCGUAUCACCAGAGAACAACUCCAGCGCUAACACAUCAACGUCUACAACCAGCUGCAACGCUGCAAGUAUGGCUGGGAAA